UGAUUUCGACGAUGAAGAUGACGAGAUAAUGCAAUGGGAAAUGGAACAAAUUAAAAAGGGAGGACAUUUCCUUAAAACUUCAACAAACCAAUCUCAAUCAAAAAAACCGGUUAUAAAUAUCUCAAUUCCCACAAUCACAUCUAUUAAGUCAAUAUCUGAAGUUCAGACGAUUCUUGAGCAAAAAAUGAAUGACCUACGGUACCUUCACAAUACACACCAAUCAGAACUUGUUCAAAUUCAAAAGAACAUUGACAGUCUUGUUAAAUCAAGUGAACAAAUGGAAAAUGAAUUACAAACCACCAAGAAGCGAUAUACGUAUUUUCAAGAACUUAAAACGUUC